AGUCCUAGGCCUAAGGCUAAGGACAACACUAAUUUUCCCUUCAAAUGUUAUAACAGCCACAUCAGAAAGUGAUAACAUUAAAGAUGCCCUAAAAAGUGAAACUGUCUUAGCUGGGGAGGCUAAUUAAUUUUUCACAUAUUAUUUUGCUGUUUAAACAUGUUUAGGGCCAUAGGACUCUGGGAGUGAUCUUUUUGAAGUGAUCUUGGAGGAUGUCAUAAGAAAAAAAGUAUUUUAAACUUUUGGGAAGAAAUGUUGCAUCCUGACUCCACAUCAGCAGUUGUGUACAAAGUCUGUGGGGAGUGAGGAGAAUUUUCGAAGUAUUUCCCAACAACAACGGUUGUAUCGUGUUGCUGCCUCAUCGGCCCACAACUGGAUUUGGUAUCCAUAACGAGAUAAAAAGAUACCAACAGUACCCUCCCUCAGUCAUUGGCUGGCAGAAGCAGGCAACAGGAGUAUUCGACAAGUUUGAGAGAUGUCCAACUAAAAGAUGCUGUGAAAAUCUCAGUGGCAGGGACGAUUACCAUAAAAAUUUUUCUCAACUGGACGUCCAUACAGGCCAAACAUACCAUGUGCCACUGUAUUGAUGCUUUUUAUCAAUGACAAUUUUGACCUUUGAGUUGGUCGUAGUGUGAGUUUAUUUGUGCACGAGUUGGUCAACGUACAAGUCAGUCAGCAUAUGAGGUGUUAGGGGUACAAGUUGACCGAACCGCGCACAAGUAGGUCAGUAUACAAGUUUACUUUGGAACCACAGAGUGAACUAAGAAAACUGGACGUGACUGUUCUGCCGAUAGCAGGUUGCAACAGCAGUGCACAUGUAUGUGUUUUUCACUCGCAAACGAUUGUCACGUUGAUUUUAUUCAAACCAACGACCACGCUGCAAUCAAAAAUUAUAAUUAUUAAUGCAGCCAACAUUAAUUGAUCUCUGUUUGGAGUUUAGUUCACUAGAGACCUGUGUUUCACUUUUACCUCAGAAGAGCAUAUCAGCACAAGUAUGUCCAUGUACAUGCAUACCAUGUGUUGAUGAUGAGAAGCUUGACUAUGAUGCAACUCAUGUCUAGCCAACUUACUGAAAAAGAGAACAAUCGGCCAUCCAUUCUGAAUACAAAUCUUUGGUGGGAAGUAAGUUGUGUCCAUCAUAAACAGUAUCCCAACAUUAGGGAAUUAGGGAAAGGCCUUUCAAAAUGACAGAAGAGAGACUUUUCAGUGGUACACCAUCAACAUCAAGUUACUUGUAUGAGCAAAUACAUGUACCUGGGAACCUUGGAACUGAUUGUGUUCCAUCACACAGGACAGCUACCGGUAGAUGUAGAGCAGAUGCAGAGGGGCUCCAACUUCCCCACAGAAUGUACCAACUCAUACAAACCAUUGAGAGCCCAAACCAACAAGGAAGUCAGAUAACGAGCACAGUUGCUGCUGCUUCACAUGUAAUUCCUCCCAGGGGGACGUACAUGUAUGCAGGAGGUCUGUUGCCUGCGCUUAGCCACAGAGAUUGUAGUACCAGUAUCUCUGAUGCAUUACCACCACUGCCUAUCAAACAAGCACCUGCCAAUCUAUCCAGCAACAGCUUCUCUUGUACCCCGCCCAUCAGCCAAUUUGCCUUCAACAGCAUCCCUUGGAAUGUUACCCAAGAGGCCAUUCCAUUGCUCGUCAGCUCAUCCUCUCCUUUACAUGAUGACAUUACACGACAGACUUCCUCUGCCAUCAAGCAAGAGAUGCCAGCCUCUGACGCGAGGCAAGUUUACAGCAGCCUCUUAGAUGCCAAGAUAAGAGCACACUUUUCAGAACUGUGCAAGCUUCAGCACCUGCAAAAUCUACUCAACCAGCAUGCCACACAGCAAAAAUCUUCACUGGCACAGCCAGCCAUUGGUACCAUUUCAACACAAUCCCAUCAACCCCUGGAUCUAACAUCCUCUGGAGUGACUAAUUCCAAGAGCUGGUUGGUAACUUCAGCAGAAAAAAUAGAAACUAACCAGGGGCUGAUGUCCGUGACCAUGGCUGCUUCAGCAAAUCAUCCGUCAACAGUAGUGGCAGUUGACAGUAACUUAAAAACUAUUCCCUCUGUGCCUGGCAUGAGUCACAAAAAUGGAAGGAGCACAUGUACCAGUUCUACAGAAUCUAUUGUGGAGAAUAUUGUGUCUGAUACAUACGCAGAGGCUAAGCUUUGUAAAAGUUUGAGUUUGUCCCCUGUGAUGCAGCGUGACACUAAGGUAUUUCUCGGGGAGACCGCAUUACCUCAGGAUCUUUUCACACUUCCGGAUGCAUUUUCAAGACACUCCAACUCCUUCAAUUUGUUGAAGCCUUCAAAUCUUAAUCCUCAGUCUCAGUUCAGUGUAGAAACUAAAACUGAUAGACCUGGGCUUCCAUUAGCCUAUGCAGAUCAAGAAAAAACAUCACCCCUUGAAUCAGUUGGAGUUCUGAAAGUGCUUUGCAAAGCUUCCUCUGAGGGGGUGGGUUCUUCUGGUCAGAUUGUCUCAGAGGAUAUGCCAUCACCAUUGGCAGGAGUGGGAUCUGGUUUGCAAAGAGAUGUGGAUACCAUGAUGGGGCCAGUGUCUGCUCUUGGAGGCAGUGAAUCAACUUCAGAGGAGGUGCAUCAGUCAUUGAACCUGCAGCUUUAUGAAGAGUCACUGACAACGGUACCAUCCUCCCCGCAACCUGAUUUUUCACCAGCACCUCUAGUGGACAUGAUUCAAGACAUACCACCUUUGGCUCACACCUCCUUAACAAGUGACCCUGUCUCUGCUGAAACUAAUGCUGUUGCACUGCAGGACCAGGGCCAAAGUUUGCAAUCUCAGACCAACACUGCACAGACAGUUGACUUCACAGAACAGCUUCCUCGGGACAAAAAAUGUCCAAUAUGUGAGGAUAAAGUCUCUGGAUACCACUAUGGCAUGUACUCCUGUGAAAGCUGCAAAGGUUUCUUCAAGAGGACAAUACACAGCAAACGGCACGAGAAGCUCAAGUGUGCACUUGGGGGUGGAUGCAAGGUGGAUUUACAGAGCCGUAAGCACUGUGCUGCUUGCCGAUUCCAGAAGUGCCUUUCUCUUGGGAUGAAGUUGCAAGCUAUCAGACAGGAUCGCCAGCGAGGAGGUCGUAGUCUGUAUGAGGGCUCAUCUGAGCAACGCCGCCUAAUCAAACUCAAGCAAGAGCAAGAGGCAAAAGCAUCUCCCACACCCAAGAAGCGCAGACACAGACAGCCCUCCAAGAUCCCAAGUGACGCCUCCACUGCCAUAGCAGGUUCCAGAUCUGGCCAGACCUCAGUCGCUCCUCUUCGCAAAUCAGAACCAAGUCGGGGUGGCCCGGUUCAGGAAGCCCAACUUAGAGCACAGCAGCUGAUCCAGGAGCUACAAGAGCAGGAACAGGUCUUUGUCAAGCAGUCAGUGGCUGAUUGCUGCCUCAGCACUCUGCGGGAGGAGAAGAACCUUGUUGAGACCAUCUGCCACUUUGUCAAUCAUGAGAUACUGCCUCUGGUGAGAUGGGCCAAGGGCCUGCCAAUGUACAGGGAGCUCAUGAUCGAGGAUCAAAUUCAACUUCUUUACAAAUGCACCCUUAGCAUCCUCUGUCUUAACCUAAUCUUCUACUGCCUGGACAAUGCCGGCCACCUGCUGCUGCCAAAGAACCAGGUCAUCGACUUGACCACCAUCCACACUGCCAAAUUCCACCAGCUGGUGCCCAAGAUCAAGCGCAUCGCUGACCAGCUGCACUCUGUGGGGCUGGACAUGUCCCGGUUUGUCUUCCUUAAGCUUAUCCUGCUGCUGAGCUCAGAUACCCCACUGUUGCAUAGCAGUGAGCAGGUGCAAUCCUACCAGGAUACUGUUCAGGAGGCUUUGUUUGAUCACGUCACCCGCACACAGCUGGGCAGCAGCCUUACGGUGGGCAACCUGAUGCUGGGCCUGGCAUCCAUUGAGCGCAUCGCCCAGCAGCUGGGCAAAGAGACCAUCUGCGACCUUGCCGUAGUCGACAACGUGUUUCGUCACGACACAGACGUGAGCUCAGACCGACCAUACAUUCAGGUUAAGGUGCUGUGAAGAACAAAAUGUUUGUUUUUCCAUUUCUGAUCAUUCGUCAUCUUCGUGUUUGGUGUUGCACAUCAUGUGUUGUCUUUUCUCCCAUAAUCUGAAAUAUUUAAUGAAACUGAAAUUUGAUCCAGAGCAGAGUUUGGUGGAUGUGACUUGCUGGCUGUACAAUUUUCACUAGCUCAUCCCUAACCCCCAAGGGUUGCUGGCCCUAACCUUCCCCAUUCACACAAAGUUAAACACCCAUAGGGGACUUUGUGA